AUGGCAUCUACGGAUCCGGAGAAAGUCUCUCACGAUAAUGCGACAUCACCGGAGCCUCUUGAUCAUCUGCAUGUGGUCAACGAAGACCGACUGCGCCGGUCGCUCUCGGCGCGACAAGUCCAAAUGAUAGCCAUCGGCGGUACCAUCGGGACUGGACUAUUCCUUGGGACCGGAAAGGCUCUGGCAACAGGCGGACCUGCAUCGCUACUGAUCUGCUAUGCCAUAGUUGGGGCUAUCGUCUUCAUGACUAUGCUGGCGCUAGGCGAGAUGGCUGCUUUCGUACCAGUCGCUGGAUCGUUCUGCACUUUUGCUGGACGCUAUGUCGACGAUUCAUUCGGUUUCGCAUUGACUUGGAAUUACUGGUUCAAUGAUGCGGUAUCGACUGCAGCCGAUCUGGUCGCACUUCAACUGCUUGUACAGUACUGGACCGACAGCUUCCCUUGGUAUGCACUCGGCAUCAUUGUCUGGGUGCUGAUCGUCCUCGCCAACAUCAUUGAUGUGCGCGCAUACGGUGAGUUGGAGUACUGGCUCAGUCUGCUAAAAGUGGUGACCAUCAUCAUCUUCAUUAUUCUCAGCAUCGCAGUCAACGCCGGCGGAAACAUUGGGUAUGGCUAUAUUGGCGGCAAAUUUUGGACACAAGGCGAUGCGCCAUUUGUUGGAGGCAUCGGCGGCUUCGCGUCUGUUUUCGUGACAGCCUCGUUCGCGUACGGCGGGACAGAGUCCAUCGCCAUUACAGCUGGAGAGACGCGCGACCCCGCGCGAGUACUCCCGCGGGUUGUUAAGAAUGUCUUUUGGCGCAUCUUGUUGUUCUACAUCUUGUCCGCGCUUAUGAUCGGCCUCAACGUCCCAUACGACUAUCCCGGCCUCAGCACCAAGUCCAGCCGCACAUCGCCUUUCACGAUUGCUUUCCAAAUGGCCGGGUCGAAAGCUGCAGGCUCCUUCGUCAAUGCGGUCGUUCUGACCAGUGUUGUUUCUGCCGUUUUCACCAAGCUCACGCGCUAUCAAGUGCCAUGGGUCGCGGUCAUGACUACAAGUUUAGUCUCAAUUGUUUUGUUCUCGCUCUCGUUCGCCGGAUCUGGUCAAGUCUGGACAUGGCUGCAAAACAUCGUGGGAGUCUCGAAUCAACUGAGCUGGAUCUGCAUCGGUAUCGCAUCGCUGCGCUUCCGCGCCGGUCUCAAAGCUCAAGGUAAAGAGCACCUCCUACCGUUCAUCAACUGGACAUAUCCAUGGGGCCCCUGGAUCUGCAUUGUGCUCAACAUCUUCAUUGUACUGGUACAGGGCUGGACAUCCUUUAGCCCGAGCUUUGGGGCCGUCGACUUCGUUAGCUUCUAUGUUGAGUUGCCGGUAUUUCUGCUCAUGAUUGUUGUGUGGAAACUACUCAAACGCACGAAGUUGCGCAAAGCGAGCGAGAUGGAUCUGCAGACGGAUGUGUACACGAAAGAAGAUAUGGAGCCGGAGCAGAAGGGGUGGAAAGGCACGGGAAAGAGGAUCGGAACGUGGUUAUGCUUCUAG